GUUUUUUGAACCCUUGGUCGUAUCAUUGAGGUAGGGCCGGUAAGGGCGGUCUGCCAAAGGACACCUGGGUCGGGGGCAUCGCGGUCUUGUGCAUUCUUGCGGGGCUCGGGGGCACGAUGUGGCAGAAUACGUUCGGUUCCAUCUCAGGCGUGCGCCCGAGAGGGGUGCUGGAAGGGCGGCUCUAACGACCGUUGGACGCCAACCGAUCGAUCACUUGUGCCGAUCCUUGCCAGGCCGAUCCGGGGGCUCAGGAUGUGCUUGGCCAGGGCCGGUGCAGGUGGAUGUAGUUGGCGCGCCUGUGGUCGGGGUGAAGCAAGGACCACGCAGGGCGAGGGUGAUGAAGCGCCAUGGGAGGACGACGAGAAGUUUCUGUUCAAGCCUGAGCUGGGUCUUGAGGAAUGCAGGCGGCUGGGGUUUGAGAACGCCAAAGACAUCAUCGCUUGCGGCUUUGACCCUUCGAAAACGUUCAUUUUCCGGGACACGGAUUACAUCAGGGAGCUGUACCCGGUGGCACUGGAGAUACAGAAGCGCAUCACGCUGAGCCAGGCAAUGGGCGCGUUCGGCUUCCAGAAGUCAGACAAUAUCGGCAAGUUUGCGUUUGCUGCGAUACAAUCUUCUCCGUCCUUCGCCCAGUCCUUCCCGAGCUUCCUGAAGCCUGGGACACGCUGCUUCAUCCCUCAAGCCAUCGAUCAAGACCCAUACUUCCGGUUGUGCCGCGGCGUGGCAGACAGGAUGAAAUGGCCGAAGCCCGCGUUGAUCCACUCCAAGUUCUUGCCCGCACUUCAGGGGCAUCAGACCAAGAUGUCUGCGUCGGUGGAGUCCACUGCCCUCUACAUGACAGACACCCCGAAGCAGAUCAGAAAAAAAAUUAAUAAGUACGCCUUCUCUGGUGGUGGCGCGACUCUCGAGGAGCAGCAGAAGUAUGGCGCGAACCUUGACGUGGACGUGCCCUACCAGUACCUCAAGAUCUGGCUCGAUGACGACGAGGAGCUCGAACAAAUCGGCAAGGCCUAUGCGAGCGGCGAGAUGCUGACGGGAGAGGUGAAGAAGCGCCUAGGCGACGUUGUGGCGGAGCUGGUCGAGAAGCACCAGGCCGCCAGGAAGGAGGUCGACGACGAGCUGGUGCAUCGCUUCAUGGACCCCAACCGGGAGGAGCUUCGCAGGAAGUGGGUGGGCCACACGCCCUCGGGGGCUCCGGCCGAAGAGAAGGAGGCCCAGCCCGUGUGAGAGGCUCGGCCGCCCGCCCGCGCCUGUCCGGCGGCGCGAGCGGCGCAAGCGAGGCCGCGCGGCGCGGGCGCGGCCCCGCGGCGGCCCGGCGCGGAGGCGGGCGCCGCCCGCCACCGGGGGCUGGCGCGGCCAGGGAGCGUGGGCCGCUCGGGGGCAGAGAUCGGGCGUGCAUCGAGG